CUUAAAGUCUAGUAUCCAAUACAAGCAAUUGAAGAUGAAGAGGCUGGCCAUAUCAGUGGUGGUGGUGCUAGUCAUGAUUCAGUACAUGGCAAGGCCAGGACAAGCCAUCAGUUGUGGCCAAGUCGACGCAUCUUUGGCCCCGUGUGUGCCCUACCUCACUAGUGGUGGUAACCCUACACCAGAAUGCUGCAAUGGUGUGAAAAGCAUCAAAGGGAUGGCUGCAACUCCGACCGACAAACAAACAGCAUGCAAGUGUGUAAAGGAUGCUGCCAAUCGCUACUCCAACUUAAAGGAUGAUGCAGCUCAAGCCCUCCCUGCAAAGUGCAACGUUCAAAUGGACAUCCCUAUCUCCCGAACCACCAACUGCAACAAUAUCAACUAAGGUGGAAGGCAUCAAGCAAGAAAUAAAGAGAGGGAGGGUGCCAGAAUCUUCUUUUAUCAAAUAUUGUUGUUGAAAUAAAUGAAGCCUAGCUUUGUAAUUCAGUAAUCUUUAUCGAGCUUCUUGUUACAGUAAUAUAUGGUGAAUGCAAGAUCAUCGAAUUAAAUACAUAAAGGUUUUAAUUUUAACACUAUAUAAAAAGAUAUUGAGUUUGACAUGUGUGUGUGUGUUAUA